AAACAUAAAAUAGUGUAUAUUAUAUUAAUACUUUGUUUAUGCGUGUUACGAAAAUCGCCAUAAAAUGUCAAUUUCAUACUGUUACACUUGUAUUUUAAAUUGUGUUUUUAUUUUAUGGUUUUGUUAUGAAUGCCGAUGUGCGUAUGGAAAAGUGCCUGGUGAUUUAGAGUAUUGGGUAGACCCACGAAGCAGCUUUAGAAAGACGAAUGACAAUGGCAAGAUUAGCGUUAACCUGCAAAAAACCAAUAAAACCAUCGGAAGCUUUCGAUCUUCAGUUAAUUCGUCAUUCAAUGAAAAUAAGAAAAUCGUGAAAAUCAAUCAACAUUUUAGGGCACAUCCUAACCCGCCACGUGUCACAAAAAUGACAAACCAUAAAUAUUAUGAUCCAAAGUCACGCCAUAAGCAAGGGAGAGAUAAAUCCGUAUCAGAUGUGGAAGGGAUGACAGAUCUUAGCCCAUAUGCCAUCAAGAAGCAGCUAAGGCUUAUAGCAAAAAAGUUUCCUGACGCAAAUACGACCUUGGAUGUAAUUGGACGUACGGUGGAAUACAAUGACAUAGUCCUGAUGAAAAUAACAAAAACAAUCGACACAGAGCGACAUUUUAGAGCCGAAGAUGAUAAAUACGCCGAUGAUCCGCCCAAAAAGAAAAUUAUUUUUAUCGUCCAUGGCUUAAUGGUUAUGGGUUUCCAAAAAGGACAAUCACUUUUAUGGAUAUCAAACAUAAUAAGGUUAUUGGGCUAUUACCUGGAAUAUUUGGAUAAGUUUGACAUAUUUUUCAUACCAAUGGCAAAUCCAGAUGGGAUUAGUGCGGCUGAAGAGGAUUUUUGGAAUAAAAACAUGUCACCGCAGUUAGCUUGCCCGGGUGUGAACGUGGACAGGAACUUUGAUGUAGUCUGGAAUAGCAGUCAGGACUUAUCGUCAUGUAGUCAGCACUACCCAGGACCAGCACCUUUCACGGAAGCCGAGUCUAAAGCCAUUCGUGAUGUUUUUCAUAAAUAUAGUGACAAAAUUAUCGCUUAUAUAAAUGUUCACUAUGGUACCUACAACUUCGACACAUUCAAGGGAGAGGCAGUUCUCUAUCCAAAAGGCUACACGGACGUUCAGGCGGAUGACGAUAAAUACAUAGAUAUGAAAGGUGAAGUAGAAGAGGCUUUAAGGAAUGCCAGUUUUACAACCUUCCCUUUUACUAUGGACAGUUUAUCCGGUUGGUAUGGAAAGGUAUUCGGUACAAGCGUGGACUAUGCUUCUACGAUAUAUGGAGUGCCCUAUGCGUUAGAAUUCGUUAUGCAACUAUAUGAGAAUGUGUAUGUUGAUACAGAAGAAACAUAUACAGACUCCUCAAUCAAAGAAGUGUGGAGGCGAAUUAUUAACGUAGUCUUCAAAAAUAUUUGGAAAAGUACCAGUGGUGCCCAAGACGAUAAUCCUUCAUAAAAUUUAAUUUAAAUAUAACGACAUGAAAUU